AUGGGAGAAGUACGGUUAAAUGGACUUGCUCUAGCAAAUGUGGCAAGAGAUAGAGAUGUAUCUGUCGACAAAAUAAUUGAACUCUUCUGCAAAAUUGGUUCUCGAGAGACCACGUUUCGCCUGUGCAACCAUGACAUCCCGUUCCUGAGAGAUAGAGAUCAGCAUCGGUUCCUAGGAAAACCUAUCGGGUACAACCUCUGUAAGGACUUCUCUUGCGUGAACGAUGCCAUUUCAAUCGGUAUGAAGCUUCUGACCUCCAAGCUCGCCCCCUGGCAGCGCCUUGACGCUCUACGUACCUUCUUCUACCCGGCUCUACAGUUCUACAUGAGGACCGGUCAAUUCGGGAAGGAGGAUUGGAAGCGGAUCGACUCGGCACUGCGCAGGGAAAUCAAGAAGACGUUGAACCUUCCAGUCGAAGCAAGCAACAACUACCUCUACGGCUCGCGUGAAGCUGGAUGCUGCGGUCUCCCCAUCCUGGCUGAGGACUCCGACCUCUACCUUGCUGAUACCGCCUUGAAGCUGCUCUCCUCCAGGGACCCGAUUGUUCGUGACAUCGCCCUUCAACAUCUCAAAGAAACAUCUGGAGGGCGCCUUCAGCGUGACGUGUCCGAAGUCGAUGUGGCAAACUUCCUCUCCGGCAGUAUGGAAGACGAAUUCCAAACUUCAACCAACAACAUCUCCAAUUGCUGGACUAGAGCGAGGAUUGCGUCUAGACGCUCAGGCAUCUCCUGGUCUUUUCAUCAGUGGAAGCCUCUCAUCCUCUUCGAAGGGGAGGCGGUUCGGCCAACCACGCGGAAGUCCCUCCUGAAGGUUUUGAGAAGUAAACUGCGUGACAAGAGGACUGCUGCUCUGAUCUCCCUCAGAAACCAAGGCAAAGCCAUGGAGUGUGUUGCGGCAUCCCCCUCGAGCUCGCAUUUCCUCUACAGUGGUGACUACACGCAGUUUUGCGACUGGAGGUUUAUUCACCGUGCACGGCUUAACUUGGUCCGCCUCAACGGUGCCAAGACUUGGUCUUCGGAUGCAAAUGCUCUUUGCCGGAAGUGCGGAAGAGAUCGUGAGACGCUUCCCCAUGUCCUAAAUCACUGCUGGAGCUUCAGCAACUUGAUGCAGCAACGACAUAACGCUGUCCUCGACAGGAUCGUCCGUGCCGCAAGGUACAAGUGUGCUGUUCUCUCGGUUAACGAAACUGUGAUCCCGGGCAAUCCCCUUCCCCCAGAUGCAGUGAUUAAACGUGGUGACUCUAUCUUCAUCUUGGAUGUCACUAUUGCCUUUGAGAACCGGAAGGCCGCAUUUGAAGCCGCCAGGACAAGGAAGAUUGAGAAAUAUCAAGGCUCGUCGAUCACUUCAAAGCUUCCCAUCGUGAUGUUGCCGUCAUACCCAUCGUCAUUGGCUCGCUUGGGGCUUGGGACACUUCUAACGAUGCCUUCCUCCGGCGAAUAG